AUGCCUAUACCCUCUCAAGCAUCUUGGUUGGUGAGGAAAAUCCUAAGUGUUAGGGAUUAUUUACUUAGUUUUGCUGAUGGUAUUGAUGUUUUAUCUGAUGCAAGCUUCUCUGUUAAAAAUGUUUACAGUGUGUUGAGGGGUGAUGUGCAAAAGGUUGAGUGGAGGAAGUUGACCUGCAACAACCCUGCUCCUCCUAAGUGUAUAUUUAUAGUAUGGUUGGAUGCUUUAAACAAAAUGGUUACGUGUGAUCGCCUUAUCAAGAUAGGUAUUGCUUGUGAACCCAUUUGUUGUCUUUGUGAGAAGGCUUCAGAAAAUGUUUGUCAUCUAUUUUUUGAGUGUGAAUAUUCUGCUUCUGUUUGGAGCUGCGUUUUACAGUGGUUUGGUGUCAACAGGAGACCUCGAAAUUGGGAGGAAGAGAUGCAAUUUAUAGUGACCCAAUUCAAGUCUAACUCUGUAAAACAUCAGAUGUAUAGGAUGAUGGUGUCUGUUGUAGUUUAUCUCCUAUGGAGGGAAAGGAACCAACGAAAAUUCAAGCUGGUAAAGAGCAACUCAGAGACUAUUGUGAAGGAGGCACAAUACAUGAUCUACUCUAGAAGCCUCAAUGUGUCGAGAUUAGCAUGUUGUUUACCAUAG